ACUGAAAGCAAACCCCUUUCCCAAAUGUCCAAUAGUAAAUGAGAAAAGCCCAUCAGAUGGUACAAAAGUCUCCAUAAUUUACUCAGUCCACAGCUGUGCUUGCUUGACAAAAAGAAGAAAGUCCCCACGCGCUCCUCCUCUUCUUCUUCUUCCUCUGUGGUUGUUUUAAAUCUAAGAUCCAUGAUUUAAUUCUGGGUGUUUUAGCAGGCCGAUCAACCCCAACCCCAAGAGUAGAAUUCCUUGUUCUGUUUUUGGGUUUGUGUUUUUGACAGAGAAAGAAAGGAAGAGAAAUGAGGUUUGUGGGAGUCCCAGAAAAUGAGAAUGGAGAAAUGGGUGUUUCUCUGGGAAGCAAAAACAAGUACAGGAGAAUGGAUUCUGAGCACUCAGAGGAUUUUGAUGAGGCUGUAAAUCAUCUUCAUCAGCUGGAGAGGAGGAGGAGGAGGACCAGGAAAUAUGUUCUUGCCUGCGCCGUUUUUGCAUCUCUGACUAAUGUUCUUCUUGGCUAUGAUGUUGGAGUCAUGAGUGGGGCAAUAAUAUUCAUUCAAGAGGAUUUGAAGACAACUGAGGUACAAGAAGAAGUUCUUGUUGGGAUUUUGAGUAUUAUUUCUCUUUUGGGUAGUUUAAUUGGUGGGAAAACUUCAGAUUUAAUUGGUAGAAAGUGGACAAUGGCCUUAGCUGCUCUUGUCUUCCAAACUGGAAUGGCUAUAAUGGCAAUUGCACCUUCUUUCCAAAUAUUGAUGGCAGGUAGGCUCAUAGCUGGGGUUGGUAUAGGCUUUGGAGUUAUGAUUUCUCCAGUGUAUAUUGCUGAGAUAUCACCAUCUUCUGCUCGAGGUUUCCUCACCUCUAUCCCAGAGAUUUCCAUAAAUGUAGGCAUCCUGCUUGGCUAUGUCUCAAAUUAUGCAUUUUCUGGCCUUUCCUUGCACAUAAACUGGAGAAUAAUGCUGGCUGUGGGGAUUUUGCCAUCAGUUGUCAUAGGGUUUGCACUUUUCAUCAUCCCUGAGUCGCCAAGGUGGUUGGUGAUGCAAAACCGAGUUGAAGAAGCAAGAUCAGUGCUGUUAAAAACAAAUGAAAAUGAGGCAGAGGUAGAGGAGAGACUAGCAGAAAUACAACUAGCUGCAGGUAUUGGCAAUGCAGAAGAGAAAUCUGUCUGGCGUCAAUUGUUAAGCCCUUCUCCUCCACUUCGCCGGAUGUUGAUCACUGGCUUUGGAAUGCAGUGUUUUGAAAUGAUCACAGGGAUAGAUGCAACCGUGUAUUAUAGCCCUGAAAUUUUUAAGGCUGCUGGGAUUGAGAGUAACUCUAAAAUUCUUGCUGCAACUGUUGCUGUUGGUGUCACGAAAACUGCCUUCAUUCCUGUUGCUACAUUUCUUAUUGACAAGAUUGGAAGAAAGCCAUUGCUCUAUGUGGGCACAAUUGGAAUGACAAUCUGUUUGUUUUCUCUGGGCCUUAGUCUUGCUUUACUGGGAAAUGGGCAGUUUAAAAUUGCAUUGGCAAUUUUAUCUGUUUGUGGCAAUGUAGCCUUCUUUUCUGUUGGAAUGGGGCCGGUUUGUUGGGUUCUGAUAUCAGAAAUCUAUCCAUUGAGGUUUCGUGCUCAAGCAUCUGCUCUUGCAUCUGUGGGGAAUAGAGUGUGUAGUGGCAUUGUUUCAAUGUCUUUCCUCUCAAUCUCACAGAAAAUUACAUUUGGUGGAACAUUCAUCAUUUUUUCAGCAUUGUCAGCUCUUUCUGUUCUCUUUGUUCAUACCCAUGUUCCAGAGACAAAAGGAAAAUCAUUGGAGCAGAUUGAGUUGCUAUUCCAAGAUCAACCUGAAUGGCAAGUAAGUGAAAUGGAAAUGGGUGAUAGCGAACAUCUAGUCCGGUAAAGUGCAAGCAAUUGGUGCUUAUUGGUUUAUUUAACAAGAACAAAAUUCUUGGGUUCUUAUGAUUUGGCAUGUGAAGUGGAACAAAAAGGCAUUCUGUGUUUAUGAAUUAUGAGAGCUCAUGCACAUAUGCAGGAAUUUCCUAUCUGCACUGUUCAGAUAUCUGCAAUUUGAUCUUUUUCUUUGAGUUGAAACUGACGGGAAGAAGUACAAUAUUUAUUUUGGUUUCACUCUUAAAUUCAGGGGCACAACUGAAGUUGUUUUAGCUCAAAUCAAUUUUUAUAAGGUUAAAUAAUCUUGACACUGAUGAGGAGAUUUAUUCUCAGAAUUAUAUCUUGUAUUUAGUCAGGAAUUGUGUGUAUUAUAUGCUAGCUAGUUGAGAUGUCCUGUGAGAAAGUCUAAUGAUUUUUAUCAUAAAAUGGAUGCAAGCUGGCACAAAUAUUUAUUUGCAAAUUGUUGCUUGGUUUAUAUAGCAAAUAAGCUGUUUGAGAUUGAAGAGAAGAUUGUAUCUUUUGAAAUAUAGCUUCUAUUCAAUA